AGAAGGUGCUCACUCACACGGAAGCGGGUAAAUUAAUUAUGGACAAAAGCAAGAAAUUGCGAUUAAAACGCAGAAUACCUCAACAGAAAGUGAGAGUUAGUACUGAAGUGGACAAUAAUGUUAAUAACGUUGAAACAGUGACUUUAUCCUCGGACUCGGAAGGUGACGGAAGUCGUCCAUGUAAACAAAGAAAGUUGACGCAUACGGAAAACGAAAACGUUUCAAAUCCAAACGAAAAAAGAUUUUUACAGACCGACAACCCAAGUUUAAACAGAUUAAGAGAGAUGAUACUGUCCUUGUCACCUAGAGAUAUAGAUAUUGCAAAUCUAUCCCCUUUUCCAGCAUUCAAUACUCAGGUUCAAGGCAACGGCAACAUACAGGAGAAAUUGUCAAGCUUGUGCAAAGGGAGACUACAACCAGUUGUUAAGUUACAGUCAGUAGAAGAGUUACCCCCCUUCCCAAAACUUUGUAAACAUUUUAGAAAGUUGCCAAAUGUGUCGAAACACACCAAUUCCAAUGAGCCUAGCUUAGACAAAGUUCAAGAAAGAGUAAUGGAAACCUCAGAGACAGAGAUACAAGAUAAAGAUGGAAGCAAGCCUUCAGUUUCUUUUGUCAAUGAUUCAUAUAAUGAACUUAAAGCAUCUACCUCAUAUAAUAUGUGUGAAAAUACUAGUGAAUAUAAAGCACCUGCCUCACGUAAUAUAGCUGACUACAGGGAAGAUAAUAGUGCUAUUAUAAGAGAUAGAAACUCUAAUUUCUAUUCUUUACAGUCUCGAAAUACAUCCACAAAACUAGGAGAUAAAUCAAGGCGACUAGUGUCAAAUACUUGUCCCUCAAAUCAUUCAGCUAUUACUCAAAAGGAUUGUAAAGAUAUGGAUCAAAAGGAAAGUUCAUCUAAUCAGGUCAGUGCAAGAACAUCAAACUCUGGGGCUGGUAAAAGCAACAAAAUUAAUUUGAAGGGACCUAGAAUCUGUGAUACAGCCACUCAGGAAUUGAUGCCAAGAUUGCAUCAUAGAAAUUCUAAUUUAUCAAACUUGAAGGAUAAUUAUUUGGACAAAAGGUCCAAAGAUAACAUUUUUCCUCCAAAAAAAGUAAGUACCAGCAUAUCAAAGACAAAAACUCCUGAUAAAAAUUAUUUAAGAAAAGGGGAAAGCAGUUCAGCAAAACCAAGUAACGAAAUACCUCAGACAAGCUCUGCGAAUGAUUGUGGAAAUGUCACAGGUGCUAAGAAGGAAAACGUCACAUUACAGAGCUGUCCUUUAUGUCAAAUGAAAUUUGAAUCAAGGAUAAGUCAAAUGGAAUUAGACAGUCAUAUAGCAGCAUGUCUAUCUACCUCAGAAGUUGAUGUGAUAUGGUGAUAUAUAAAUGUAACACAUGGAUAUUACAGUGUCAUGUGUUGUCCAUAUAUAAAUUUGUUAUAAUGACAUGUGAUAUCCCAUGUGACAAUGUUACAGUUCAGUGAUGCCAGUUGGUAAAAUUGUCAGGUGACAAUAGCAUUUAGUUUUGUCAUGUCAUAACGGUCAUGUAUAGACUCAUAAAAGUGUCAUGUGGUCACAUUGUAACAAUAGACUGUAAUUGUCAUGUGGUGAAAAUGUAAUGUGGUGGUAAUGUCAUGUUGUGGCAAUAAAAAGUGAUGGCUUUUUUUAGUUACUAGUAUUGACAGUCAUGUGGUGAAAAUAUAAAAAAAUAGUAACAAUGUCACACAUGACACAAUCAUGUGGUGAAAAUAUAAAAAUUUAGUAACAGUGUCACAUAUGACUGUGUCAUGUGGUUAAAAUAUAGAAAUAAAGUAACAAUGUCACAUAUGACAGUCAUGUGGUGAUAAUAUAAAAUUUUGUAACAAUGUCAGAUAUGACUGUGUCAUGUGAUUAGAAUAUAAAAUUUUGUAACAAUGUCGGGUAUGUCUGUGUCAUGUGGUGACAAUAUGAAAAAUUUGUUACAAUGUUGUCAUAAGGUGAUAUCAUGUGGUAUCUAUUGUCAUGUAUAUUGAAAAGAUGUGAACAAUUUUAAGAGAACAUAUUUAUUAUAAUACACAGUGAUGAUGCUAUAGUAGCUGUACUGUUAAAGGAAAAAUAAAAUAUGGUGCCAAAACAAUCUUUUUGAUAUUAAUAAUUGUUCUAUGUCUUGUAAAUGUGUCAAUGGAAACUAAAAUUCUGUAACACUGUUGUUUUGUGAUGAUAUUAUAUAUAAUGUUUUACACAAUUUCUUGAUUUCUUUGUCAUGUAAAUUGUAAUUGCAAUCUGAUAUUUAAAUACUUUGGCAAUGUACAAUGGUUACUAAAUUAUGAAACUAUAUGACUUGAGUUUAUUUUUACAAUAAUUUAUAGUCCGAAACUAUUUGAUUCAAUUUCAGUUACAGUAAUUAUUAAACUUCAUCUUUACAUUAUCUCAGUGACUCUCUGUACUGUUGCAUGACAGAAUUUAAACUCCUUUGUUUGAUCUUAUUUAUAUAAUUUGAUUUUAACCCUUCACAUAUAGAUUUUACCUGCUUUGAAUUACAAAAUAUCGUACAGUCCGUUGCAAUUUAUAGGAUGUCAUCAGUAUUGAGCCUAGGUCGGACUGUAAUGAUGUACAGGCUUGCCUGGCUCCAUACUGAUGGAAAAGCUUUUAUAUCACUAUCCUUUCCAGCAAUGUAAAGGUUAAUGAACAUUAACAUUACAGUCUAAUCUGGAAAUAAAGGUCACCUAAAAGAAAGACCAUACAUGGUCUUUCUAGACAAGUAGUCUUUUAUUUGAAGUUUACUUUGUAGUAUUUUUUUUUAUCAGUGAAUGUUUGUCAAAGAGGGGUCUUUAUUUUCAGGGUGGUCUUUAUUUGGAUGUUAUCUUUACCACAGUUUUAGUGUACUUUAUUACCUCUGAAUAUUCUAUCCUUUGUCUUUUGUUGAAAAUAUUUUAAUGAUAUAUAAAUGAGGAAAAAA